GCUCUGUCCGGCCGCAGGUGACCCGGAGGCCCUCGCCGCCCGCAGCGCCCCGAGCGCUUUGUGAGCAGAUGCGGAGCCGGGCGGAGGGCACGAGCCAGAUGCCGGGCGACAGCUGACUUGAGGCGAGGAGGCAGGGAGGCGCGGAGCGCGCGGGUGGUCCCUGCCCGCUGACUUCUCCACCGCCGGCUCCUGGGCACCGCAAGGGUGUUAAUGAAGAGUAAUUCAGAGGGUUUAACAGAAUGCCUGGCACGUGAUAAAUUUCUCACCAUGAAGGCCCCCACUGUGCUUGCACCUGGCAUCCUUGUGCUCCUGUUUACCUUGGUGCAGAGGAGCAAUGGGGAGUGUACAGAGGCACUGAUAAAGUCCAAGAUGAAUGUCGAUAUGGAGUAUCAGCUUCCCAACUUCACUGCAGCAACACCCAUACAGAAUAUUGUUCUACAUAAGAAUCACAUUUACCUCGGCGCCAUUAACUACAUUUAUGUUUUAAAUGAUAAAGACCUUCAGAAGGUUGCUGAGUACAAGACUGGGCCCGUGCUAGAACACCCAGAUUGUUUUCCAUGUCAGAACUGCAGGAGCAAGGCCAAUUCAUCAGGUGGCACUUGGAAAGAUAACAUCAACAUGGCUCUGCUUGUUGACACGUACUAUGAUGACCAACUCAUUAGCUGUGGCAGUGUCAACAGAGGGACCUGCCUACGACACGUCUUUCCCCGUGGUAAUCCUGCUGAUAUACAGUCAGAGGUGCAUUGCAUGUUCUCCCCACAGGCAGACGAGGAGCCCAGCCAGUGUCCUGACUGUGUGGUGAGCCCCCUGGGAACCAAAGUCCUCCUGUCUGAAAAGAACCGGUUCAUCACCUUCUUUGUAGGCAAUACCAUAAAUAAUUCUUACCUUCCAGAUCAUUCACUGCAUUCGAUAUCGGUGAGAAGACUAAAGGAAACACAAGAUGGUUUUAAGUUUUUGACAGACCAGUCAUAUAUUGAUGUUUUACCUGAGUUCCGGGAUUCUUACCCCAUUAAGUAUGUCCAUGCCUUCGAAAGCAACCAUUUUAUUUACUUUUUGACAGUCCAAAAAGAAACUCUAGAUGCUCAAACUUUUCACACGCGAAUCAUCAGAUUCUGUUCUGUGGACUCUGGGUUGCAUUCUUACAUGGAAAUGCCUCUGGAAUGUAUUCUCACGGAAAAGAGAAGAAAGAGAUCCACAAGAAAGGAAGUAUUCAAUAUCCUUCAGGCUGCAUAUGUCAGUAAACCUGGGGCCCAUCUUGCUAAGCAAAUAGGAGCCAGCCAGAAUGAUGACAUUCUCUACGGGGUGUUCGCACAAAGCAAGGCAGAUUCUGCCGAACCAGUGAAUCGAUCUGCUGUCUGCGCAUUCCCUGUCAAAUAUAUCAAUGAAUUCUUCAAUAAGAUCGUCAACAAAAACAAUGUGAGAUGUCUCCAGCACUUUUAUGGACCCAAUCAUGAGCACUGUUUUAAUAGGACACUUCUGAGAAAUUCAACAGGCUGUGAAGUACGCAGUGAUGAAUACCGAACAGAGUUUACCACAGCUUUGCCGCGCGUUGACUUAUUCAUGGGCCAAUUCAAAGAAGUCCUCUUAACAUCUAUAUCCACCUUCAUUAAGGGAGACCUCACUAUUGCUAAUCUUGGGACCGCAGAGGGUCGCUUCAUGCAGGUUGAACUUUCUAGAUCUGGAUCAACUCCUCAUGUGAAUUUUCACCUGGAUUCCCACCCUGUGUCUCCAGAUAUGAUUGUGAAACAACGAUUAAACCAAAGUGGCUACACACUGGUUGUCACUGGGAAGAAGCUCACCAAGAUCCCAUUAAAUGGCUUGGGCUGUGGACAUUUCCAAUCCUGCAGUCAGUGUCUCUCUGCCCCUCCCUUUGUGCAGUGUGGCUGGUGUCAUGAUAAAUGUGUGCAAUUGGAGGAUUGUCCCAGCGGGACCUGGACUCAAGAGCUCUGUCUACCUGCAAUCCAUAAGGUUUUCCCAACUAGUGCACCCCUUGAAGGAGGGACAACGUUGACCAUAUGUGGCUGGGACUUUGGAUUCAGAAAGAAUAAUAAAUUCGAUUUAAAGAAAACUAGAGUUUUCCUCGGAAAUGAGAGCUGCACCUUGACCUUAAGUGAGAGCACAAAAAAUAUGUUGAAAUGUACAGUUGGUCCUCUAAUGACUGAGCAUUUUAAUAUGUCCAUAAUUAUUUCAAAUGGCCGAGGGACAACACAAUAUAAUACAUUUUCUUAUGUGGAUCCUAUCAUUACAAGUCUUUCUCCAAGCUAUGGUCCAAAGGCUGGCGGCACUUUACUUACUUUAACUGGAAAGUACCUAAGCAGUGGGACUUCUAGACACAUUUCAAUUGGUGGAAAAACAUGUACUUUAAAAAGUGUGUCAAAUAGUAUUCUUGAAUGUUAUACCCCAGCGCAAACUAUUUCAACUGAGUUUCCUGUUAAAUUGAAAAUUGACUUAGCCAACCGAGAGACCAGCAGCUUCAGUUACCUGGAAAACCCUAUUGUCCAUGAAAUUUAUCCAACCAAGUCUUUUCUUAGUGGUGGGAGCACAAUAACAGGUGUUGGAAAAAAUUUGAAUUCAGUUAGUGUCCCAAAGAUGGUAAUAAAUGUGCUUGAAGCAGAAAAGAACUUCACAGUGGCCUGUCACCAUCGCUCUAAUUCAGAGAUAAUAUGCUGUACAACUCCUUCAUUACAACAGCUGAAUCUGCAGCUCCCUCUGAAAACCAAAGCCUUUUUCCUGUUAGAUGGGACCCCUUCCAGAUACUUUGAUCUCACUUAUGUACAUAAUCCUGUGUUUAAGCCUUUUGAAAAGCCAGUGAUGAUCUCAAUGGGCAAUGAAAAUGUACUGGAAAUUAAGGGAAAUGAUAUUGACCCUGAAGCAGUUAAAGGUGAAGUGUUAAAAGUUGGAAAUAAGAGCUGUGAGAACAUACACUCACAUUCUGAAGCCGUUUUAUGUACAGUCCCCAAUGACCUGCUGAAAUUGAACAGCGAGCUAAAUAUAGAGUGGAAGCAAGCAGUUUCUUCAACCUUACUUGGGAAAGUAAUAGUUCAACCUGACCAGAAUUUUACAGGACUGAUUGUGGGUGUUGCCGCAAUAUCAACAAUACUCUUAUUACUACUCGGGCUUUUCCUGUGGCUGAAAAAGAGAAAGCGAAUUAAAGACCUGGGCAGUGAAUUAGUUCGCUAUGAUGCAAGAGUUCACACCCCUCAUUUGGACAGGCUUGUAAGUGCCCGAAGUGUAAGCCCAACUACAGAAAUGGUUUCAAAUGAAUCUGUAGACUACCGAGCUACUUUUCCAGAAGACCAGUUUCCCAUUGCAUCUCAGAAUGGAUCAUGCCGACAAGUGCAGUAUCCUCUGACGGACCUGUCCCCCAUCCUAACAAGUGGGGACUCUGAUAUAUCCAGUCCAUUACUGCAAAAUACUGUCCACAUUGACCUCAGCACUCUAAAUCCAGAGCUGGUCCAGGCAGUGCAGCAUGUGGUGAUUGGGCCGAACAGGCUGAUCGUGCAUUUCAAUGAAGUCAUAGGAAGAGGACAUUUUGGUUGUGUAUAUCAUGGGACCUUGUUGGACAAUGACGACAAAAAAAUUCACUGUGCUGUGAAAUCCUUGAACAGAAUUACUGACAUAGGAGAAGUUUCCCAGUUUCUAACCGAGGGAAUCAUCAUGAAAGACUUUAGCCAUCCCAAUGUCCUCUCCCUGCUGGGAAUCUGCCUUCGAAGUGAAGGGUCUCCCCUGGUGGUCUUACCAUACAUGAAACAUGGAGAUCUUCGAAAUUUCAUUCGAAAUGAGACUCAUAACCCAACUGUAAAAGAUUUAAUUGGCUUUGGUCUUCAAGUAGCCCAAGGCAUGAAAUACCUUGCAAGCAAAAAUUUUGUCCACAGAGACUUGGCUGCAAGAAACUGUAUGCUGGAUGAAAAAUUUACCGUCAAGGUUGCUGAUUUUGGUCUCGCCAGAGAUAUGUAUGAUAAAGAAUACUAUAGUGUACACAACAAAACAGGUGCAAAACUGCCAGUGAAGUGGAUGGCUUUGGAAAGUCUGCAAACUCAGAAGUUCACCACCAAGUCAGAUGUGUGGUCCUUUGGUGUGCUCCUCUGGGAGCUAAUGACAAGAGGAGCCCCUCCGUACCCUGAUGUGAACACCUUUGAUAUAACCGUUUACUUGUUGCAAGGCAGAAGGCUCUUGCAGCCCGAAUACUGCCCGGACCCCUUGUUUGAAGUGAUGCUAAAAUGCUGGCAUCCUAAAGCCGAAAUGCGCCCAUCCUUUUCUGAACUGGUCUCGAGGAUAUCGGCCAUCUUCUCUACUUUCAUCGGGGAGCACUAUGUCCAUGUGAACGCCACUUAUGUGAAUGUGAAAUGUCUAGCUCCAUAUCCUUCUCUGUUGUCAUCACAGGAUGACAUUGAUGGAGAGGUGGACACCUGAGGGAUUGGCAUUGCACCAGCUCCCUCCAAGAAACAUUAUAGUUCUAGACCAAACAGUCCACACUUUACCUAAUAGUUUUUCACUGCCUGGCCUUUGGAAGGCCAUCUGAGAUAUUUCGCUUUUACCAAAAUGCACUGUUACAGUACUUUAUAUUGUUAUUUAAAUUACUGGAAUCUAAGACUUUCUCGACUCGCAAAGCAUCCAAACCAGAGGCAUGGUUCCGUGGGCAAGUGACCAACAGCAACACUUCACUUAUAGUGACACUCCUGUCACCCUGCAGUCCAGAACUUAAAUUCUGAGUCGAGAUUUUGAAAAACCAGAGUCCUCCUUCAUUUCAUAUGGAGAACUGAGGUGAAGAAUUUUGACAGCUUCUUGAUCAGAGAUGAGAUAGAAAUGUCCAAAAGAGACAUGGCAGCCCCAGAACCAGGCCAGCCAUUUAGAAUUCCAGUGUUUUUAAAAACUUGUGUGUGUUCUAUGGUCUCUAACAUUUUUCUGAUGGAUGUUGUCAUUUAUCUGUAAGAUAAACAUUCCCUUUUAAAUUUUUGUAUGCACAUUCCAUUUGCUGGAGGAAUAUCCAUAGGUAAUGCAGUCAGUUUCAAAAUAGCAUGAUACAAAGUAUGUUUAUAAAUUAACAGGGAUAUUUACAUAUUGUACAUAAAUGACAUUAAGAUUUUCAUAAAAUAGCUUAGUCACAGUGAAAUAUUUCAUUGUCAUUUAAAAAUGAGCUACGUGACAAUGAUACUGCUCUGAUCUAAUGAAUGUGGACAUUGAGAUGUUUUGUCUGUAUUUUUUCUAAAUGAUGACUCUGAAAAUAAGACGAGCAAUUUGUGAUGCUAAAUCUUUUUCAAGGUAACUCAACAUGUUUUUAAAGCAGACUACAUCUGACUAAAAGGUUCAUUGGUUCCAAUCGCAGCCCCCCGUCUGGAGCAAAGAAAGGGUCAAUGGACUGGAAGUAUUAGCCCCUUUCUCGGGCAGCUGCUCACAAACAACUGGAGACAACACUUUUGGGGAGUCUUCUUUUGCAUUAGGACAUGUUUUGUGUUAAGCAAAACAUAUAUUAAAAACAAGCAAGCCAUUGGAAAUCCUGGCUAUUUUGCCUGGAUGAAUAAGUCGUUACUCUGCACAGACCUUCUGUGAUGUUUGUUCUGUGGAAUUUUGUGCUUACUACUGUAGAGUGCAUGUGGCAUAGGUUACUCUAACUGGUUUUAUCAAUGUAAACAUUUAAAGUAUUAUAUUUUUAUAAAAAUGUUUAUUUUUAAUGAUAUAAAAAAUUUUGUCAGGCCACAAAAAUACUGCACUGUGAACAUUUCAGAAAAGGCAUGUCAGACUCGGAUCAAUGACGGCAUGAGUUCAAAUGACUGUAAAUAGUGAAAAGGAAAUGCCAGUACACCCCACCUUCAUUAUAUCACCAGCACUUGAAGCCAAGGGUUAACACAACAAGCUACAGAGUGUAUUACACUGAUACCCAAGAGUUGAGUUUAGCUGUUGUUGAAAGAAAAUUAUUGCAACCAAAAGUUCUUUGACGAUGGUAGGACUUACCAGAAGACACAAGGAAUUGUACUGCAGAGAUACUUCAAACAUUACUAUUUCAUAAAUGUGAAGAAUAAUACUAAUUCAAAGACUAUUAUAAAUGGUGGAUGACAAGAAAAACCUCUGCGGAAAGAAAUAACUCUCUACCAAGAUCAAGAGAAUUAAUGUGUCAAAAACAGAAAGUGCUUGCAGAAACAACCCAUCAACAGGACUCACCUGUAUAUACAUGCUUGAGAAAACUGCAAUGUGAAAAUCAUGUUUGCUAUUUAUAAAUUCGUCCUUAGGGUAAUAUUUCUGGACAGACUGUGGGAGUAAGUGAUUCUUCCAAGAAUUAGAUACUUAUCACUGCCUAUACCUGCAGUUGAGCUGAAUGGUACUUUGUAUAUUAAUAGUUGUUGUUCUGAUAAGUCGUACAAUUAAAAUAAAGUGAUGAAACAUCUUGUA